AUGGGGCGAACGCCUCUGCACUGGGCUGUAGUGCGCAAUGACAUCGCUAACGUUCGUCGUCUUCUAGACCGUGGUGCUGAUCCAAACAAAGCUGCUGAGCGCUCAGGGUGGACAUCGAUGCAUUUCGCGGCCCGCGCAAGAAAUCUCGAUCCAGCCAUCUUGAGGCUAUUGCUAAUUCACAAUGCGGACGUCGAUGCGUUAGAUUGCCAUCAACAGACGCCACUGUCGAGAGCCGUCAGACAUGGUGCCGAAGCUACAAGACUCCUGAUCGAUGCAGGAGCUGAUUUGAACCUGCAGUACGAUUGUGACAAAUGGUGUGCUUUGCACUUAGCUGCCUGGAUUGGUCAAACAGAGUCGAUGGAGGUUUUGCUCGAGGCAGGCGCCAACCCAUUGCUCCAGACAAUAUGGGGAGGGAAUAUUAUUAGAAUGGCACAGACACACGGGCCAGGAGAAAUAACUGAUGAGUGGUGGACAUUAUGGGUAGAUCUAGUUGAUGAUCUUUACGCACUGGGGUCGAUCGGGAAUGAAGAAACAUAG